AGACUAGGUACUACAUCUCUCCACUUGCCACGAUCCCAACACUUUAUUUCACUUUAUUUACAUCCACCAUUGCCUUCGUGCAAUCGUCUUCGGUUUAACUUGACCUUUCGCAAAGACGUUUCCGAUUUACGACCUAUUUCUCUAAAAAUAGUUAAGGAUGCGCAUAUUAUAAAACGAUAUAAAUGAUUUACGCGACAAUAUAAUACGUCUUUAGAAGGGGUCGGUUCAUUGGAUAAUUGUCGCGUGGGACCACUUUGGUUCUUACGCUCGUUUAGGAUACUUGUUUUAAAAUGCUGCUGAUUUUCUUGUGUUGUUUUUUCGCUAAAACAAUGUCUGCUGAGUUCACGUUGCCUGGUGAAUGUCCCGAUGUUAAGUUACAAGAGAAUUUGGAUUCCACUAAGUUUUCAGGAAUCUGGUACAAUGUAGCAAGUUACGCCAGCGAUAACCGACCAAUCUACGACUGCGCUACCCUGGACUUCCAAGAAGAUAACCUUGGAUAUACCCUAAGAGAGACCUUUGUCACAAGCGACGGUGUGAAUAGAACUCAGAAGUCUUACCUUGCCAGAGUGGACCCGACAUUUGAUGCUGGAAACAAGGCUCAGUUUAUAGUCAGCCAUGAAGAUGGAGAUAAAGUGCUACAGUUUCCAUUCUUCAUUCUGUCAACGGAUAAUGACAAAUAUGCAAUAGCGUACACUUGUAAGACUUUGAAGAAAAAGGCGAGAACACAUUAUGUAUUCACAUGGAUCCUGUCAAGAAGUAAAGAGCCACUGCAAGGAGACACCCUGAAGAUAGUGGAGAAUGUCUUAUCAAAAUAUACCGAGUUGGCUGAACAUCGCAUGGAAUUCGUAUUCAAAGACUUUAGUGACAGCAGUUGUUCUUUCGCUGACAAAUACGAAGUGGAUUUUUUUACAACCAAUUUCUGGUAGCUGACUGUUUGUAUCUGUGAUUAUAAAAAAAAAAAAAAAAUUUAUCUGUAUUU